ACUAGCGGGUGAAGAUCAAAAUUAAUCUCUCUCUCUCUCUCUCUUCGGAUUCUGCUAUUGCUGAAGAAGACGCUUAAUGGAAGAAAUUGGAACCAGUUCCUUACCAAUUCCUCCUUCCUCUGCUUCUCCUCCGCAUCUCGAUGAAGAUUAUCCCAAGGAUGUGAUGAACAGUAUUCACCCUCCAAGGCCAGAUUGGUAUGAGGAAUUAUUUGCAUUUGUCAUGGCUAAGGGCAGUAAAGCAUAUGAGGCAAAGGUUGCACAUUUUAAGACUCAGAUCUUUACAAAUUUGAGGGGAACGGAUAAGACAGUGUUGGAGCUUGGCAUUGGGACAGGUCCUAAUCUCAAAUAUUAUGCCAGCGAUAACGGUGUUCGUGUUUUUGGCAUAGAUCCCAACAAAAAGAUGGAGAAGUAUGCACAGGCAGCUGCAGCAGCUGCUGGCCUACCUCCGGAAAAUUUUAAAUUCUGGAAAAGAAAAUUAUAUGAAGUUGGGGAGGUUUUGCCAUUAAGUGAUGCUUCCGUUGAUGUAGUUGUCGGAACGCUUGUACUGUGUUCUGUAAAAGACAUUAAUAUGACACUGAAAGAGGUGAUGAGGGUGCUUAAACCGGGUGGUCUUUUCUUAUUUGUGGAGCAUGUGGCUGCAGAAGAUGGUACGAUUCUCAGAUUUGCACAGGGCAUUCUUGAUCCUCUUCAGCAGAUAGUCUCUGAUGGGUGUCACCUUACAAGAAAAAUGGAGAAGUGUAUAUCUGAAGCAGGGUUUUCUACCGUCCACAUAAACACGACUUUCGUGUCUAUUGCUUGUAUUCUAGGCCCUCACGUUUACGGAAUUGCUUUCAAGUAGAAUAAAAUGACAAAAAUGGUGUAAUUCAUAGUAACCCUCUAGUUUGGUGAUGCUGAACAUAAAUUGCGGCAUUCGAUUGUCAGUUCAAGAGAAUGUGCUGAUGCAUGUACUAAUGCAAUCACUAAAUAAAUGGCGUAUUUCAUUUAGUAUUUGUCAGUGUAUUGCUUCCAUUCAGUAUUUGUCAGUGUAUUGGCAUUUAGUAUUUUA